UUUUUAGCCUAAAAAAUCAGGAAGUUCAAAUUUUUGAAGAUACGGGAAAGUAUUUAAUGCUUGCGUCUAAAUGGUGCUUUGGCUAUAGGUUAAGCGCGACGCUUAAGGAUGUACUUAUAUUCAUCCAAUUCCGUCGCAGCUGCAACCACUUUAGCCAUUGUGUCUGUCCCAGCAGCAGCCAUAGCCGUUUCUGUUACAACUAAAACUGCCGUCGACGACGUAUCUUUUACAGGAAAUGCACAGCAGAGUCGCAACCAAUGGGUGCCUAUUUGCCCACAGUCUGCCAAUAUCCUCCGGCGGAUAGGGGAGGAAAAGGACUCGUCUAAGCGAAAAAUUUCCUGCAAGGUGAAGCAGCAGCUGCGGAAUGAGCUGGCUGAGCGGAAUCGGAAGCACUGCGUUAAUCUCCAGCCCGCCGAUAAUCUCAAGCGCAUUGUCAGGCUGAGCGACCGGUCGUGGGGCAAGAUUGAGCGCAGAAUCAGACAGAGGAUGCGCGACGAGUUGGCCGUUCAGCAGCAGCAAAGACAGCAACAGAAACAGCAGCAGCAGCAGGUAGCCGCAACAUGCAUGAAUAUAAUUCCAGCAGUAGAAAAACCUCGCCAAAUUUUAUGUCACGGCUUGCUCCAGUGCACAAUGGAAAACUGCUUUCAAACCUUCAGGCCCGACGGAACCAAGAUCAAGGAUGGCGAAAAGGUGCCAUCAGGAAGACGGAAGUGGAAUCGCGACAUGGCUGCGGUACUGAGCUUUCGCAUUAUUCUCAAUGCCCUGUUUAAAGGCAAUCUUCCUCCCUGUUUCUUGCGCAAAAAUGCAUCAUUAGAGGUGGCUGAACCCAAGUCUAGCGACGCUCAAGCCAAAGCCCAAUACUAAGCGUUCAAUCUGGAGAAGGAUGUCGAUUUGCAGAAUACUUGUAGCCUCAUUAUUUUCGUUAGUGUAGCUGCG